AUGGAUACUGGGCAAAGACCUCCCACCCCACACAACAGUAUAACGGUAACUGCUCGCAACACCUUUUCUAGUCAGUUCACAACAGAAAUACAAUUGUAUUACAAAAUGCCUAGCCCCGCGAAAGCUGCGAAGAAGCAGGCAUAUAUGGAAAAGUUGGUGAAUCUUGUUGAAACUUAUCCCCAACUUCUGAUUGUGAACGCGGACCACGUUAGUUCAAGGCAAUUAGCCGGAAUUAGAUAUUCCUUGCGUGGCAAAGCGUAUGUACUGAUGGGAAAAAAUACUAUGAUGAGGAAAGCUUUGAAGUCAAUUCCGCCAGGCUCUGGGACUGAAAACUUAAUCCCUCAUAUUAAGCUUAACAUUGGAUUCGUCAUUUGCAUCGCAGAUCCCAUGGAGGUUAGGGGUAUUAUUAUCAAUAACAAGGUCCCAGCUCCAGCGCGCCAGGGUGUAAUCGCUCCCUGCGAUGUUUUCGUCCCCGCUGGGCCUACUGGCAUGGAUCCAUCUCAGACGUCUUUCUUCCAAGCCUUGGGUAUAUCUACCAAAAUUUUUAAGGGGCAAAUUGAAAUCCAAUCAGAUGUACAUCUCAUCAAGGCAAACGAAAAAGUAACUGCUUCUUCAGCUACAUUGCUGCAGAAAUUGAAUAUAAAGCCAUUUUCGUAUGGGUUGAAGGUGGAAAAGGUCUACGAUAGAGGUCAAUUAUACAGUGCAUCGGUGUUGGACAUUACAGAUGAACAAAUUAUGGAAAAAAUGAUCAAGGGCAUAAAUUUUACCAGCGCCGCCGCCAGAGUCACUGGUUUCCCAACCGAAUUCUCUAUAUCGCAUUCGAUUGUGGAAGCCUUCAAGAAUCUCGUGGCCGUUGGGCUAGAAACUGAUUUUAUAUUUCCCCAAAUGGAGAAAAUCAAAUAUGCCUAUGAUAACCCUGGCGCGUUUGUAGGGGCAGCAUCUGUUGCGCCGAGUUCAGCUCCAGCUGCUGCAGAUGACAGUGCUAAUAAACAGGAUGAGGAGGAAGAAGAGGAGGAUGAUGAUAUGGGAUUCUCCCUAUUCGACUAA